AUGAUCGAUUAUGCUUUCAAACAAGAAUUGGCCAGAUCUCGUGAAAAUGUCGACGACUUGUUCUACUAUGAUGGGCACAAAGUGGGUCGCGGCACAUACGGUCAUGUGUUCAAAGCACAACCCAAAGUUCCUUCAGCCAAAUAUCCAGCUAAGGAAUACGCUCUGAAGCUCAUCGAGGGACAAGGAUUCUCCAUGUCUGCAUGCAGGGAGAUAGCUCUAUUAAGGGAGUUAAAACAUCCCAACCUCAUCUGCUUGCAGCGAGUUUUUCUCACGAAUGAAAAGAAGGUUUGGUUGUUACUUCGAUUCCCCGCUGAGCAUUGA